AUGGCGCUCAAGCUCCCUCUGGCAAUGCAUCUGUUGCACUGGAGAGUAGAUGGCGUAGCCUUUUCCAACGGUGGUGCCCCGCAACCGUGGCGAAUACGGGGGAUCCUGAAGAAUCGCAAUCGGAUCCGCUACUGCUUCGCCACAGCAGAGAUGAAAGAGAAGAUUGGGUGCCGUCUGAAUCAGGCUAUUGCGUUGUGGGGCAAAGCGCUCGGUGGCGGAGCUGGGAAGGAGACAGGCCACAACCUCGCAUUCUCCGAGGUGAAGUUCGCUGGAAUACCUCAGCAUUGCUUCAAAGAGUUUUUUCCUGCCUACUGGAAUGGAAAACGCAACAAUUUAGGCUCCAAUGACGUCUUAGCCGUAAUCUGGAAAGAUGAAGCGAGCUCUGGCGGGGUGAGCUCUGCAACUGUUGGCUACACGCCCAGAGAGCGUGCAUCCCCUGAGGAGCUCAAAGGUCUUCGGCAUCGACUAUAUAUUGCUGAAAACACUGAAGCUCAUACUAUAGCACAUGAGAUUGGGCAUGUUCUUGGCUUGGGCCAUGAGAUGUCGCGCCCAGAUCGUGAUGACUUCGUCGAAUUUCGCUGCACCAAGCUCAAAGGUCUCGCCAGCGCUAUCUUGUCAGCCCAGUCAAAGCCUAAGAACAGUGACUUAACCGUCCUGGAAAUCAGCAACAAGCUUUGCACCGAUCGUAACUUCGCACUUGAGAACAGGUUUCCGGCUUUCAACUACUUGUCGAGCACCGACAAAAGGGACAAAGAUAAAAACUUCGAUAUCGAUUCUCUGAUGAUGUAUGGGAGUACUGCAUUCGCAAGCCCAGAUUGCAGGGCAACUAGCCUAGAACUAUGUCCCUUGGUCAAGAUCAAGAGAAAUAAUGGGGUAAAGGUGGGUGUGGAAGAGAUCAAGUGGGCAGUCCGUCCCUCGAAGGAGGACAUUGCGUUCUUCAGGAAGUACUACCCCUAG